GCCCCCCCCCCUCCCCCCCGCCGUUGCCGCCGGUCGCGGCCCCGCCAUGCUGCGCCGGCCCCCCCCGCCGCCCCCAUGAGCCGCAGCAAAAACGGAUCCGCCGUCGCGAGCGCCCGCGGCGGUACCGGGGCGGGGGGAGGGGGCGGCCCCGGCCCUUCCCGAUUCCGCCUCGUCCGGUUCCCGGCGCCCGGCGGGGACCUGCGCCGCGGCCGGUGGCUCUGCCGGGACUUCUACGAGCGGGAUGCGGUUCCCCGCGGCUGGGGGAGGGUCCCGGCCUCCCUGGGCUCCCCGCCCGCGCCGCCCCUCCCCCCCAGCGCCGACGACACCGCCGCCCCUCCCCCCCCCCCACCAGCCCCGCUCGCUCGGGGCCUUCGUGCAGCUCGUGCAGCAGGCCCUGCCCCCCGGACCCCCCUCGCCCCGCCCCAGGGGCGGGACUGCCGGGCUUAGUGCUUGCCUGGGAUUGGCUGGAGAGGACAGCGAGGAGGAGGGGGCCGGCAGCGGCGUGACGGCCAUCGACAACAAGAUCGAGCAGGCCAUGGACCUGGUGAAGGGCCACGUGCUGCAGGCGGUGCGGGAGGAGGUGGAGCUGCUGCGGGAGCAGAUCCGGGAGCUGCGGGAGCGGCGGGCGGCGCUGGAGCGCGAGAACGGGGCGCUGCGGGCCCUCGCCACCCCCCAGCAGCUCGCCCGCCUGCGCCCCCCCCGCCCCCCCGGCCCCCCCACCUGACCCCAUCCCCCCCACGGACACACGGACGUCGUGCGAUGGGGCGCCCACGUAUGGGUCAGGGGUGGGGCUUCUCAGGGGGUGGGGGGGGGGCCCAGACGCCUGGGUCCCCCCUCGCCACAGCGCUGCUGCUUUAUUGGGGGGGGGUGGUGUUUGUGCCCCUCCCCCCCCGCCGUGCCCCUCCCCCCUUGCCUCAUGCGCUUUUUAAGCAUUUUUUAAAAUAAAACCGCAGUUUUUGCAGCA